CCUGUUUCGAGUUUUCUGAGUAAUCUUCUAGUGUCUUGAUAUGGAGGACGUCACUUUUGACUCUAUUCUGAUUAACGCCAUUUUCAAGUCCGUCUGGAGCGAAAGGGCUCUUGAGCGUGAAAAAGCUGAAUUCAACGAUGUUUUAGACUCAGAGGCAGGAGCUGGAUCAUCCAAGAAGAUUAGGCCAACAUCUGCUAAUGCAAAUGCGCUGAAGCUUAGCUGUGAACUUCUCCGGCUUUUUGUCACAGAAGCUAUACAGAGAGCUGCUGCAAUUGCAGAAUCAGAGGGCACCGAUCAAAUAGAAGCUACUCAUUUGGAGAGCAUUCUUCCUCAGCUGCUUUUGGAUUUUUAACGCUUGUGAUGACACCUUAUAUACAAUUUUGUCUAUAUUUGGUCGUCUCUGAGUAUGCUGGUCGGAUAUUUGUAAUUUGCUUAGGAUUAGUAUAGAAUAGCUUUUGGUCUUGGAGGACUGUCAAGUCAAUGCAAAGUCUCAGUAAUAUUGUCAUCAAUUCCUCUAUACGAUAUCUUUCUAGUUCCUUACUGUUUUAGUGGUCU